GCGUCUUUAGUUUAGAAAGCUCUAGAUGUCAUGUUUAUAACCUUAUAUAGACAAUUAGUUAUAAACAGGUCACCACUACUGUAAACAAUAAUAUUGGAGAAGUGCAGUGCAUAAAAUCAUGCAGACACAGAUCACAUCAAACACGAAUGAGAGGGAAAACAGGCGUGAUCUCUGUGACAUUAACUGAAGACAUCGUUGUCACUGCCUGAUGAGCUGGUUUGAGUAUUUGAGAACAUGCUGAUUUCCAGGGAAUUUCACACACAACAAGGCCUACCUGUCAACUCAAAGUUCAGACUUGCCAUACUCCUCUGAAUUCUCUUAACAAAGCGUUUCCACUUUGUUUUUCCUCACUAGUAGUCUACAAACUCUUGUGUGAACAUCUAAAUAAAUCAGAAGUUUCAGAAAUACUCAUAGCAAUCUAUAUUGCAUUAACACUCAUGCCACAGUUAACCACAGGUGGAACAUGCGGGUGCCAGUGCGCUGGGUUUUAUGGGAUAUUAAAGACACUCUCCUGAAGGUGCGCCGCUCUGUCGGAGAGCAGUACUGUAAUGAGGCCAUGCGUUCUGGACUGAAGAUACCAGCCAUAAAGAUAGAGACCGCAUUCAGGGAAGCUUACCGCAAUCGCUCGCAUCUCUACCCAAACUAUGGCAUUGCUCAGGGUAUGAACGGUCAACUGUGGUGGACAGGAUUGGUGAAGACUACCUUCUUACAGUGUGGGGUUCAGGACCCUGCACUGCUUGACACACUUGCCAACAACCUUUACCAUAGUUUUUCUGGUCCAGAGAACUGGGAGGUUUUCCCAGACUCAAAUUCCACCUUAAAGUCCUGCACAGCUCUGGGAAUGAAGCAGGGUGUGGUAUCCAACUUUGACAGGCGCCUUGAAGGAAUUCUUCAAGGAUGUGGCCUCCGAAGCCAUUUCUCAUUUCUGCUGACUUCAGAAGAGGCUGGUGUAGCCAAACCAGACCCAAACAUUUUUGUCCAAGCGCUGAAAAAAUCUGGGGUGCCAGCCAAACACAUAGUCCAUGUUGGGGACCACUACAAAAACGACUACCUUGCCUCUCGAUCAUUAGGUAUUCGAGGUUAUCUCCUAGAUCGGCAAGGACUCCAGAAACAUCCGGAUGUUCCUCCACAGCAUCAACUGCAGAGCCUAAAUGAACUACCAGAACGACUACUACAAGACACUGAUUAAAAAUGUUCACACAUUUCGUCAUUCAGUUAAAUUGCCUGGAUGCAAAAUACCAUUGUUAAAGAUGUCUUCUGAUCAGUUCAAAUAGUUGUAUAUGUUAGUACUCAGUUAAAUGUACUUUGUUUAGAUUUGUUCAGAAUCUUGCAUAAAGGCCCUUUUUUGUUCUCUGAUUUUCAAUGAUCAGAAACAUGUUCAUUUAAGAAUAAUUCAUGUAAUGAUUCUAUAUACCAAAAAGAAAAUUAAGCUGUGGGCUAAACAUGUAAGAAUGAUUCUCCCACAGCUUAUAAAACAUGAAACAAGAUUUCAAAAGUCGUUUGUUAAUCUUCCAAAGAAAUUCAAAUGAAAUGACACUGAAAUAAAAGUUUUAAAAAAGCCUGAAACUGCUUUAA